GAUGGAGUAGUCGCACUUUUUUCACGCUCCCGCAAAUUUCACUCCUACCAUUCUGUAUAGCUCGACUGAAUGCAGUAACUGCUACUAACGUUUUAAUAGUACUAAUACCUUUUCGCGCUAAAUGAGAAAAUGUCUAACAGAGCCAAAAAGGAGGAGCAAAGGAAGGAGGAUCUGGCGGCAAGUACCAUCAUGGCUACGCUAACUACAAUGCUAGCGGACCACAAGACUUCUCUCUCGUCGGAGUUUAACUCCGCCUUUUCCAAACUCAACAACACGCUGGACUGUAUUCAGACCACACUUCUGGAAAACCAGAAGCGUCUCUCCUCACUAGAACUGUUUGCCGACACAACCAGCCAGGAUAUGCUGGCUAUGAACACCAAGCUAACAUUCGUAACCGAGGAGAACGCGAGGCUAAAAGCUAAGCUAAUAGACUUGGAGAGCAGAAGUCGUCGGAACAACACAAGAAUUGUCGGCGUACCCGAAAACAUCGAAGGUCCAAACCCAACAACGUUCUUCUCUCAACUGCUGGUCGAAGUCUUGGGUGAACACACGCUGUCGUCGACCCCGGAGCUGGACCGUGCCCACCGCUCGCUAACAGCAAAGCCAGGCCCCGGUGAGAGACCGCGUGCUAUCGUGAUAUGCUUCCACCGAUUCCAGACGAGGGAGCUGGUGGUGCGGGAAGCUCGGAAACGCAGGGGCAAACUAAAGUACAAGGACUCACCGAUACACAUCUUUGAAGACUACUGCCCUGAAAUACUGGAACAGCGGGCCGUGUACCGGGACGUCAUGAGGGAUCUCUACAAUCUGGGCCUCAAACCAGCACUCCACUAUCCGGCCAAGCUAAUGGUUUCAACCGAAGGUGGAAAGAGACGACGACUCGCAUCUCUCAAAGACGCCCAAGAUUUCGUCAAAUCCCACAAUCAACGCAGCCAAGAACAUUCAAAAGAGUAAUCUCAGUUGUACUCUCUGCAGUUUCCAGUUAUCAUGCAUCAGCCCCCCUCCUGACCCGCGUGUAUACAUCAGCCCGUUCUGCUCUCCUAGUUGGACAUGGUGAGGUAUGACAAGCGCCAGUAAUACACUUAGAUUUGUUUCAUGGAAUGUGAGGGGAGUGGGGAGCGCCACUAAAAUAGGGAGGGUCUUGACCCAUUUGCAAAACCUCAAAGGAGAUAUAUUUUUCAUUCAGGAGACCCACCUUCGCAACAGAGAGAUUUCACGACUUAAAAGAGGCUGGAUCAGCCAUAUUUUCCAUUCAAAAUUCAACGAAAGGGCCAGGGGCACAGCUAUCCUUAUUCGUAAAAAUAUUUCGUUCGAACUCAAUCAAAUUGUAGCAGACCCGGCUGGUCGUUAUAUUAUUGUGUCCGGAAAGCUGCAAGGCACCCCAGUCAUACUCGCUAGCGUUUAUGGACCCAACUGGGAUGACAGUUCUUAUGUGACUAAACUGUUUACAUCAUUUCCGAACAUUGGAAACCAUUUUAUCAUUAUGGGCGGGGACUUUAACCUGGUACAGGAUCCUGUACUGGAUCGAUCAUCUAACAAACUGGCUCCCUUAUCUAAUUCAGCUAAAACACUUGAUACUUUCGCUAAACAGUUAGGUCUUACAGACCCAUGGAGACAUGCCUCCCCUACAAUUAAACAAUUUUCCUAUUUCUCCCAUGUACAUCACACUUACACUCGGAUAGACUUCUUUCUUCUCGACAAUAGACUACUUUCCAAAACCAAAACAUGUAAUUACCAUAGUAUUGUAAUCUCGGAUCAUGCCCCCACCU